UUCUCUUUCUUGUUUCUUUUCUAUAAUCAUAUAGUAUGGUGUCUCGUAAUUCUUCUAUGGAAUACGUAACUAUGGACUUUUUGCUGUGAGAAAUGAAUGUGCGGGAAAUCGUGUGCAACUCGAAUGAAAGUGUGCGCACUGCGCGGAGAACACAUCGUUUGAUAGCGUUCAACUCAACAUCCACUAGCGUGAAACAGGAAAAGUGAAAGGAUUUUAUAGACUUCCCGUAGUAGAAUCAAUCUGUGCGCGUGAUGCUGCUCAUUCGUACAUACGUGCCUACCUUCGAUUAGAAACCUGCGAUAUUAAUGUUUUAGUUGUCACCCACCGUUUUGAUAAAUGUUUUAGUAUUUUGCAAAUCGCUGCGUACAGAAAUAGACGUCUAUUCAAAUCGGUGGACAAAAGCGUGAACCGAUUGAUUGCCCGUCCGUCGUAAAUGGUGGAACGAUCACCAGAGGUGAUCGAAUUGAAUUGCAAGUAGCAUGUAUAUUAUACGUACGGAAAAGUGCAACGAUCUACGUGACCGGCGACCUCCUAUGUUUGAAGCUCAUAUGACACAGCACGUUUCUUACUGUCAUUUUCCUCUUUCUCCAAGAGAAUACAUUAGUCGAGUUCAGGGCACGCGAAACUUGAUUUAGAAAUAAAUCGUAGUCGAUUGCGCAAAAAUACAAGUGGCAUUCACGGUAUCAAAUGUAGUAAAACCGCGGAAUAAUUUGUGAGAUAAAGCCAUUUAAACAUAACGAAAUAUCGUAAUUUCCGGAUUACUCAUAAAGUGUUCCUGGCAGUAUACGAAUUCUCUUGAAACGAUUCAUUGAGUUUUGAGUUAAUAUAGAUACGCAGAAUUUUAAAAUAGUGAAAAUGGUAGCGUUAUCGAGCAAUACGUUAUCCGCUAACGAGUAAAUACAGAAGCGAUAACGACUUAGGGCAUCCCAUGAUAGAUGCCGGCCGGGAGAAUAAUCUGACCGUAAUCCAAGCUACUUAUCGAGAAUGUGAUCGAAACGUCAGACUUUCCAGAAUGACGUAGCCCUCUGAUCCUAUCCUCCGGGCAACGAUGACGCACGCAUUCCAAUGAAUUACCAAAACGUUUGCGGGAGAUCCGGCCGGAUCCCACAGCAUGAAGUGACGUUACCACAUGUCCUCGCGGUCACAUGGAGAACAUACGAGUUCUCUUCAUCCCUUCGUUUCUCAUCUUCACGCGUCGAUGUUAAUCUUGCGGUAACACGAUAAAAGAAGCAACAUGAAUAAAACGGAACUGAGCAUCGUCCUAAGUACGGAACCGGCCAGAACGUCCUCGAGUACAAUUCACUCGCAAAUUCCGGUACCGAGGAUAUCCAAUGCAUUUAAAGCUCAGGAAAAGUGCCCUUCACCUCGCAGGGGAUCCUUCGAAAAGCUCUCUAGAGGAGUGUCAGUGGCUGCUCAAAAAGCCUCCUACGAGAGACUCGACGCUUCCGUUCAGCAACUACGGCCUAUGAAGAACAAUAAUUUGUCGAACUCGAGCAUCGAGAUGCGAAACUCCGAGUUCGAGAAACCGGCGUCGCCGAGUGUCGUUAGUAACAACUGGAAGACAAACGAGCCUGUCGGCGUCACGAAAUUAAACAGGAGCAACAGCCUCGAGAGUAAAUGGAAGAGCAAGUAUGAAGAGUCGGAGAAGAAGAGGAAAUUGUUGUUACAGAAGAGCGAGGCCGCUAGUAAAGAACAUGUCGAUCUGGAGAAAAAGUACCAACAACUGCAAAAACAAAACAACAGUUUGCAGUCGCAAGUUCAGGAAAAAGAACAGAAGCUUCAAAAAUUGAGAUCCGUUUCCGAAGCAGUCUGCAAGGAAUACGAACAAUUGAAACAUCAAUAUGACGUAGAAACAGGUGCUAUGCACAAAGCAAUGCAACAAGCGUCUCAGUGGUAUAGACAAAAUUGUGAACUCAAGAGAAGAUCGCAGAUAAUUACACAAAAAUUGCUACAAACGAAUCCGGAUGGGGCGAUGGACUUCGAAUUCUCGGAUGAAAUUGACUCGAACUUCGAGGACCUCGAUCAGCUUAGAGAAAUGGUGAAAGAACUGAGUAAAGAAAUAGCGAGGCUUCAAACGGAAUUGCACUCUGCUCGCCUUCAAGAAUUCGAAGCCCAAGAACAGGUGCAGCACUUGACCACGCAGUUGGAGGAGGAGCGAACCCUCAGGCAAAAGUGUGAAGAGAAGGUGAACGAGAUGAAGGUGCAAAAAGAGAACAUGGAAAGGGUGACGAAGAUGGUUGCGGAAGAAAUUCAAGCUUUGAAGGCGCAGUGUGAUCGCGAAAGGGAGAACGCGAAGAUCAUGAAGAUCGAAGCGGAAAAAGUGCAAAAGGAAAGGAACGUGUUGGCUCAUCAGAGUGCACUUCUGAUGGCGGAAGUUGGCGACGACCCUAACGGAAGAUUAUUGACUGUACUUCAAGAAGUAGAGGCUCUGAAGAGAUCGUUGGAGGAAGAGCAACAGAAUCACGCUUCUCACAUACAAAUGUUGGAGGAGAAGCUGGAAGAGAAAGAAUCGAAUGUAGAGUUUGAAAUAGUGGAAGAAAAGUUGAAGCUAGCAGAGUCGGAGUUUGAAGUAGUAAUGCAGAGAGCAGAAAGGGCGGAAAAGUCUGUGGAAACUUUGGAAGGAGUGGUGCAAACUUUGAAAGCGAAAAUCAGCGAACUGGAAGAGAAGCUUUCCGGGCCACCACCACCGGUCUCACUACCACCACCGCCACCACCGCCACCGCCGAUGUUCAACAAUUGUGGACAGUCGUCGAUUAAAUUGCUGACGAAGGAAAAAAUGAAUUCAGAACGGAAUGCAGUGACCGACAUGGAAAAUAUGCUUGGAAUCACGAAAAAAACUCCGCCGGUUACACAACAACCUGCUAUCGACGAUGUUAUCAAUCAGAUAAAAAGUGGACGCUUCACAUUGAAACAAACGGACAAACAGAGAGAAGAGAGAAGAAGACGACAAGAGGCGGAAAGCGCACCGCCCGCAGUUUCCGAGAUGUUAAAUAUUUUAGGUACCAUGAGAAGGAGAGCUAAGCCAAUAAAGCAAUCAUUGAAGUCAACCGAUUAACCGACGUAAAUAUAGACUAGAUAUUUGUAAUGCGCGCAAAACUUUGUUUAUCUCAGACACACAUCGCGUUCUUUUGUUGUGACAUGCAUUUUUCAUCCCUCGACAGAAGUCUGUUCUACGAAAAUAUUGUUUAUCAUGAUAUUAUUUAUUUAAUAAUGGAAUAACUUUUUUACCACUGAACAAAAUAUACAGUUAUGACAUGUGAAAAAUUUUAACGUGCACGUAAUACGUAGAAUGAAAAUCACGUUUUCACGCAUUAAACGAAUCAGUAAAAGAUAGUCAAAGGACGAGUAAUGAGAAAUAGAUUGCAAUAAGCCUUAUAAAAAGGUGUAUUAUAAGAAACUGAUUACAUUUCGUGUAAAAAAUAAUAGUUCAUUGUACAAAAGAUUAUUAAAGACAUUUGUCUUUAAAAAGCA